ACGCGCACAGAAGGCAGGCAAGCACUUUUCUCUCCGUCUCUCUGUCUCUCUCUGGCUACAAAACCCAGUCGUAUUGCGUUUUUUUUGUCACAGCAGAGACUUUGAACGUUGACCACUCGAAUAUGCGCCUCUGAAGGACCUCCAGGUCGCCAAGUUUUAUUUUUUUUGUGCUGUGGACAACAGGUCGCUUCGAAAGGAUUCGCUUGCUCGCUCGCUGCUGCCGCCGCAGAGGGGAAACAGCCAGCCCAACCCAGCCCAACACACCUGGAGCACCUGUAGCCCUGCCCCUGUCCACACACACAGGUAGAGGCGGACGUUGAAAAAAGGAAAAGAAAAAAAACACACACAACAGCAACCGGAAAAAGUAUCCUCGACUUGUGUGUUGUUUGCGUGUCAACAGAAAUCGCUUUUGUUUGGACACCAUUUGGGAGACAUUGCGGACAAACAGCUCACCGCCACACACACCUCACGUGUUGGGAUUUUGUUUGUAUGUGAGAGUGUGUGUGUGUGUGUUUUAAAUAUAGGCCUAAAGACUGACGUUACAAGCGACCUCUUUUUGUAGGUUGUAGGCCUACAGGCUACAAUCCCAUGCGACUAGGGACAAGUCGGGACUUAUUGACUUCAAGGGGAUCGUUUACUAGAUGAGGAAAGACAACAUCAUCAUGUCGACCGAGCAGAAGAAGAAGGUCUACAUUUUACUGGACGUGUUGUGCGUCUUAGCGGCCGCGAUGCCCUUUCUGACGCUGACCAUCGUCUUCAAGCCGUACCAGCGAGGCAUCUACUGUGACGACGAGAGCAUUCGCUACCCCUACAAGAAAGACACCAUAUCACAUGGCAUGAUGGCCGCCAUCACCAUAUCCUGCUCCAUCAUCAUCAUCAUGUCCGGAGAGGCCUACCUGGUGUACACCAAGAAGCUUCACUCCAACUCCGAGUUCAACCGCUACGUUGCAGCACUCUACAAGGUGGUGGGGACCUUCGUGUUCGGUGCAUGCGUCAGCCAGUCUCUUACUGACCUGGCCAAGUUCACCAUCGGGAGGCCCCGACCGAACUUCAUGGCGGUCUGCAAUCCCACGUCCUGCAACGGAUACGUCUUGAACAUCAACUGCACCGGAAGCUACCGGAACGUUACCGAGUCCAGGUUGUCGUUCUACUCUGGUCAUUCCUCGUUUGGGAUGUACAGCAUGCUCUUCCUGGCGUUGUACGUGCAGGCUCGUAUGUGUGCCAAAUGGACGCGUCUGCUGAGACCCACAAUCCAGUUCUUCCUGGUGGCGUUUGCGGUGUACGUGGGCUACACGCGUGUCUCGGACUACAAACACCACUGGAGCGACGUGGUGGUGGGCCUACUGCAAGGAGCGCUCAUCGCUGUUCUAAACGUCCGCUACGUGUCCGACUUCUUCAAAGUCCGCCCUCCGCUCUGCGUGCGCUCCGACUCCGGCGAGAGCGAGGUUCUGGAGCGCAAACCCAGACUGCAAAUCGCCGAGAGCGACCCGCAGAACAACCACUACAGCUACUAA